ACAGACCAAGCGGGCGGCAAACUCGUCACGCCGCCUACAAGCACACGCCAAAACACUGCCGUACACGACCAACCCAACACACACACCUCAUGUACCAAGAAGCAGGAGAAUAAGGGGGCCAAGGGUCUGCUGAGCUACUUCCAGCCGGCACAGACAUCUAAUAGUGAAACACCCCAGGCAGGAGCUGACAAGCCCAGCAGUAGUACCAGAAAUAUUAGUACCAAUAGCGGUACGCAUACCGGGAUGGGUACGGGGGAGGGUAGGUAUGCGGGUCAGGGUACUGGGAACAACAGUCGGGGCGGAAACAGCCGGGGCAGUACGAGUACUUACGCGCUGAACCGAAACAAUAGCGGCACAAGCAACCCUAGCACCACCACUACCACUACCACCAACACCAGCACCAACAUCACCAACAACAACAACGGUGAUAUUACUGGCCAUGGCAUGAGCAAUCAGAACCAGGCCAGGCAUAUCAUCAACCUAGUGGAUGGUUGUCAUGGUCCUGUGACGGGGUUCAGCGCAGCCGCACCCCCGCCCAAACGCCCACGAACGGCCGGGGGAGGCAAGCCUGCGAGUAGUGUCGAGCAGACGGACGUUAAGAUAACACAGGCCAAGUCACCGACCCAAGUAUUGGAGCGAAAGGGUACCGGAAUAGAGCCCCAGAAACGAAACGGGACGGGGGUUGGUGCGGAUGAGAGGCGAUGGAAUGAGGACCGGGAUGAGCUACAUGCACAUGAGAUGAAUUCACGAGCAGUGGCAGAGGUCACACAGCAACUCAGUGAGGCAACGAAGGACUUGGAGAGGCAGAAACGUGAGAAUGCCAAACUGAUACGCAACGGAUUAGACCUGACCAUGAAGAACAGCGCGCUUGUUGAACAAGUCGAGGUCUUGGAUGAAAGGAACGUUCGCGCACGCACAGCCAUCCAUCGAUUGUUGGUUGAAGAAUACAGGAGGCGACGCACUGAUCUCAAGACAAAAACAGACCAGAACAAUCUCAAAUUGGUCGCCAUUGCGCACAAACGGAAAGGUAC